AGAGCAAUAAGGGGGACUAAAAGCACUCAACACAUAAUCCUCAUAGCCGUUGUGAAGAAAAGCGCUUACCUGAAAGAUGAUUUCGCGGUGUUGCCUUACCUAGAAGCGGGUUUCAACAGGGUAAUGGUAGAGACAGUAGGGGCGACCGCGUGGUGUGCUGAAAUGCUCCAAGCUCGCACGGCGGCGACGAGUGCGCGCGCGCAUCUCGCCGCAAUCGCAGCGCUGGCCGCUGCUGCCGACCGCUGCCGCGACUUGGUGGCCGUCACCGACGAUACACAGCGGAUACUGUUAACAAACAAAUCUUGGUGCCGGGCGCUAGGAUGGCGCGUAGACGAAGGCCCUCGACCGCUGACGGAGGCUGCUGGCGGCGAAGCCCUGCGGCUGGCGACCAGCGGGGUGCGGGAGUGGGAGGCACCCAUCACGUUGAGGCGGAGGACUGCCCCUGACCCCAUACUGCUGCCGUGUAGGGGCGCUGCCAUCGCUUUGUCUAAAAACGUAUCUCACAUGGUCUUGGUCUGUGAACCUAUCAACGUGCCCGAGGGAGACCGGGGGCGAGGAUCUCUGCACUCCAUCCGGCGAGGCUCGCUCGACGUACGCUCCGUCGCUUCGGACGGGCUGCGGCGUACCUCACUAGCCAAACUACAGGGGCUGCCGUUAGAAGCACCCAUCACUAAGGUCAUAGCACUGCUAGCGAACGCACAAGAAGGCGCACCACCCACCACAGUGGCGUACAUUGAACGGGCGAUGGACAUGCUCCGAACAUCGGAGCUGUACUCGCCGCAGAUGAGGGACGAGCCGAAGCUGCGCGUGGAGGACCCUAUAGCUACAGACCUUAUCGGUGCACUGCUCUCUCAAGGACCUACUAACGUGUUAUCAUCACGAAGAAGCAGUAACGACUCCACUGUGGUUAAAUCGCAGACUAAUAGAGCAAAUAUCAAACACAAAACUUCAGGGCAACUGCGCGAGCUUCUAGACACCGCUCGAAGUUGGGACUUUGAAAUCUUCCGACUGGAAGAGUUGACACGAGGCCGGCCACUCGUACACCUCGGUCUCUCUCUAAUGGGAGGCAGGUUCGAUGUCUGCGCGACGCUGGAGUGCGACGAGAGGACCUUACUGCACUGGCUGACAGUCAUAGAGACCAAUUACCACGCUAUCAACACGUACCAUAAUUCCACACAUGCUGCUGAUGUCCUACAGGCAGUAGCAUUCUUCCUAGAGAAGGAUCGUCUGAAAAGCAUAAUGGAACCACUAGAGGCGGCGGCAGCUUUAAUAUCAGCGGCGGCACACGACAUCGACCAUCCUGGCACUUCCUCCGCCUUCCUCUGCAACUCGCGCCACUCGCUCGCCGUCCUCUACAACGACGUCAGCGUGCUGGAGUCGCAUCACGCCGCGCUCACAUUCAAGCUCACUCUCAAUGACGACCGCGUGAACAUAUUCAAGAAUCUCGACCGGGACACGUACAAGACGAUGCGGCACAACGUGAUCGAUAUGAUCCUCGCGACGGAGAUGACCAAGCACUACGAGCACCUCGCCAAGUUCGUCAACGUGUUCUACGCGAAAACCAGUGGCAGCAAGGAAGACGGAAUGCAUACUGACGAACCAUUAGCAUUGGACACCACGGCACUAUCAUUACCAGAGAACGUAGUUUUGGUUAAAAGAAUGAUGAUAAAAUGUGCAGAUGUGUCAAAUGCGUCCAGACCUCUGAAGUUUGCCGUAGAAUGGGCGAGAAGGAUCGCGGAGGAAUACUUCCUUCAGACGGACGAGGAGAAGGCAAAGGACCUGCCCGUAGUGAUGCCCAUGUUCGACCGCGCCACCUGCUCCAUCCCGCGCUCGCAGAUCGGCUUCAUCGACUACAUCAUCAUCGACAUGAUGGAAGCUUGGGCGGCAUUCAUCGAUAUGCCGGAGUUGGUGUCUCACGCGCGUAGCAACCACGCGCGCUGGCGAGAACUGGACGACGCCGGCGUCACCACCAUCGCCGAAGUUAUGCGCGCGCAGCGACACCUGGCGCUGCAUCCGCCCCCGGCCAACACUACUGCCAAUACCAACGCCACCGCUGAAGAGUGAGCCUGCAACCAUGCAAGCUGGACGACGCCGGCGUCAACUGAUUAACCACCAAAGAUCGAACAGUAGAAAAACAUGGAUGUUACUUCCCUAGAUAUAAAAAGAAUCAACUAAUUAACUACUAGACUACUAGGGAUGAAACGAUACCAUCUAGGUAUCGAUACUGUAUCGGUCAUAGAGUAUCGAUGCCUACUCGGUAUCGAAUGAAAAGUAUCGAUACUUGUUUCGAUAAAUUUUGGCCAACGAUAUUACAAUUACAAAUUCAGUCACAGUUUUAUUUAACGAAAACAAAAUAACGGUUCACGCAAUACGAUGAACGACUGAAUAAAUUGGAAUAAAUAUAAAUCAUACGCAAGACUACCAAAUGAGCAGUAAAAAAGAUGCGUUCGCGAAACAAUAAAUCCAACUAGACUACCAUAGAGUAAAUUAUCUGCCUAUGAGUUUUUUUUGAUACUUCUCAGUGAGUGACCGACCGAGUAUCGAUACAAGUACUUUCUACACGAUAGUACUUGUUACUCAGAUCUAAAGUAUCGAUGCCAAAAAUACUUUAUAUCGAAAGAAAAGUAUUGAGUAGUUACUUAUGUUUACUCGUAUCGUUGCAUCCCUAUUAACUACCGAUCGGACCAAAUUAUUUUGCGAGAAGGAGCUCUUUUUCUAGAAGACAUUUCGCCGUGUCUUUUAGGGUGUUGAUUUGUGUUUUUCGUCCAUUCAUUGAAAUGGAGCUGGUGUUCAACCCCAGCAAAAAAUACAAGCGUACACUCGAGGUGGACGCGGGCGUCACCAAUUUCACUGCACCAACAUAACUGCCAACACAACUACCAACACCGCCACCUCAGAAGAAUGAGCAUAGCGGCAGAGUGAAUUCACAUGCUAGUGAAUUAAUCUAGAUUCAAACUUUAUGGCGGUUGUGUAGUUAGCAGCAAAUACAACUACGCGCAGACACAGUCAGUUAUGUCCACAACUAUAGUGUCUGUGUGUCUCUCAAUUGGGUGUUAACUAUAGAUUUUAACUCGGAGGUUUAUUACUUUAUGAAAAAAGUAGUAAGUAUCUUGCACGGAACCAGUGCAAGAUGUUAAAAGAGGGAACAGAACUUCGCUGGGUUAGCUGCGCACAGUUUCUCACAUCUUUAAUACAUAAUUUGUGAAAUAAAAAUAUAUGAUGAAUUUCUUAGUAGGUAAUUAUUAUUGUAAUGAUGCUGCUCGCAGCUGACAAUAUCGUGUGAUGUGAGGAUAUGGUACGUAAAAAAAUAACUAUAGAACGACGGGGGGUCAAAGAUUUCCAAGUCACAUUUGGAGGUCAACGUUAAAAGUCUGAAACGGAUCACGGGCACGAAAGAUGCCAAACGAGGGCCGUAGUAUGCAUUAUAAAGCGAUGCAAAUACGAUUGUUGAAGAGAGAAAGAGACAUCGCUAUACAACAAUGUUGGGCACCAUCUCGCUUAAACAAUUGCUUUUGCAACGCGUCAACUGUUCACGGUAAGGUCCCAGAUGUGUCCGAAAAUACGCUUAUUUUAUACUUAUUAUAUCCGUGUUAGUGUAGAUAUCAUUUAUAACUGUAAUUGUUGAUAUCUACUUUUUUACGUAGUGGUAUUUAUAGGGUAUAUCGAACAAAUAUAUUUACUAUGUAUCAAAAAACGUAAGAUUUUAUCAACUGAUCCCGUAGACAAUUUAUCGGCGCAAUCCUCCUUUUGUUGACAUAGUUGCCAUUAAAACGGGUAAAUAGAUUAGUUUUACGCGUAAUUAAUUUAUCUGAUGGGUUUACGUGAAAUCCGUGAUAUAAGUGCCAUAAUAAAGAGUUGGCAAGUUUUCAAGUUGAAUCGUUCUUAAGCGUCUCAUGACAGAAGAAUAUAGGCUAAUAUGUUACAUGAGAUGAUCUUUCAGGAAAAAAUAUAAUCAAUGCGUUGAAUUGAAUAUUCAUAAUGCCAGCUUUUUGUAUUGGUAUGUGUAGCUUCGUGUGCCAUUUUAUUUCUGUAACAGUUCUUCAUUAUUUUUGUCACACCAAUAUCGUGUAUUAAAUACCAAAGUUCUAUAUUACUGCUUCCUUUGAUAGAUAAUACAGGAUUACAAUAAUGUUAUUUAUUUUUUAGAUAUUGUGAAAUAAUGUCAUUAUUAUUAGUAAUAUUUUAUUAUGAUAUGUAUAGGUAAUUUAAUAAUGAUAAAAACUUUGUCAACUAUAAAUGGGAAUUAAUCUUUAUUAUUAAGAUCCAUUUUCUGAAAAAAUCUUUAUCAAAUGACAAAACAUAAUAUCCGUUCCUUUCUUUAAAAGAAAAUAUUGAUAAAAUAAAUUAUUGGUCCAUUUAUACACUUGAGCUUUCAAAGAAUUCCUAUUUUUGUACUAAACUUUUUGUAGUUCGCCGAAUCUUUCGGACUCGAUAGCAUAUCAAAAUUCGUAUUACUUUCCAUUUGAUUUCUUAGAUACUUCUUGGGCGCGGUUACUAUUCAUUCCUGGUGAAAACGUGGUUUACCCACACAUUUUGAACUUUUAAUAAAUGUUAAUGUUAUUUAUUGUGAAAAAUAUAUAGUAAUAUAUUAUAUCAGAAUAUUUCUUUUAACUUAUUAUAUUCGAAUAAGAUGUAAUGUAUUGUAACAAUAGAUUAUAUAUUACUAAAAUUAUAAACUAAUAUUCGUCUAUGUGACGCUGGUACGCUAAGGACUUGUGUAGUUAAUAAAUAAUCAAAUUUGUGUAAUAUUACGCUUCCUUGUGCUCAAUGUCAAUAUAAAAACGGUCUAAACUAAUUAAUUAUACAAUUAUUCGAAACAUUUUCACUUAUAUAGAUACUUAUAUUUGUAGUAAAUACUUUUUGCUACUCCAAUAUUGUAUUGUAGGUACAGUGUUCAAUCUCAUAAUAUUUUACUAUGAGUACGGAAACCUACCAAAACGUAAUUUAAGGCCAACUAACAAUGUAUCGUAUAUGUAUUUGUUAAAUAAAAAAGUUAAUUUGAUAGCUCAAUUGAUUUAGUUAUAAAUACCUACGAUUAAUCGAUGUUGGUUCUAUAUUAAUAAUAUAUAAAUCUUUCUCGAAAUUUGUAUGAUGUAUUGCAAUAGGAAUAAUGUAUUAAAUCAGUAUUCUUGUUUUAAACGAUGUGUGGUGGAGUGGGACAUCUUGACCUAAUACGAUUUCCUGUUUUACUUUAAUUUUGUUUUCUAAGAUGGCCGCGUACAUGAUGGAUAUAUUAACUAUAUUAUGGUGAGGGCUGGACCCUAUAGGGCUAUGGAAGUGAAAUAACAUUGUUGUGAAUUUUAUAAUGACCUUGCAUUGAUAGUGUUGAGCAACAUAUAGCCAAUGCCAUCCUCCAGGAGAAGAUGGACAUUAAUUUUCAUAAAAUGUCUUUUAUUUUUUGUUACUUACUUGUAAACUUGAAAAGAGAAAUAUAAAAGUUACUUGAAUGUUUAUAAUUAAUACUUUGAUGAUGUGAAUAAUAUUUAAAAAAAACAUGUUAAAUGUUCCAUUAAAUGAACAAUGUUGCUUAAUUUUUUAAUGUUUAUUAAAGAAAAUGAUAAGCUAUAACUUAUAAGUGUUGUCUACGUUCUUUCAUUGUAAAAUUAUUUUGUCAUAUAAUAGCAAUCGAUAGGUAAAAGCUACUCAAAACUUUUUUUCUUCUCAUUCCCUAAAUAGAUGAAGUUAAGCAACAAUGCAACAUGAUAAUAAUACUAUUCUGAAUGAGUGUCUAUGUUUGAAACAAUUGACUUGAAUGGAGUUUGUUAAGUGUUGUAAAUAAAGAAAUAAUUUCAAAAUUCAUUUGUUUGGACUUAGUCUCCUUAUUUUAAGCCGCAGAAUGCGCAAAUGAAACUACAAUCAUCUUCAUAAAACAUUUUAUUAUAAACAAUAAUUAAAAAACAUAUUUCACAUUAUAUAACUUAUUACAAUUCCAACAUUGCGUUACUAUAAAUGCAAUUUAUAUUAUUUUAUAUUUAUUGUAUGUUAUACUUUGAAAAAUCUAUAUUAUAUAAUUUGAGACCUGUACAAUAUUUUUACAAAUACAAGGUACAGAAAAAAGGGAUACUAUAUAAGAAAAUAAACAAUAGAGUUGGAAUGGAAAAUGCUAUUUUAUAUUACAUCUAUGUUAUGACAAGAAUAACAUUACAUGGAUAAAGAAAACAAUACCGAGUAAGUACUAGAAUAUAACAUGCUUUAUAUAAUGACUAAACUAUUUUUGUAUAAUCAGUAAAUGAUAACAAAAUAUGGGAAGAUCGUCACAGAAUAUAUCGUGCUCAUAAACAUAAUCCCCUCGUUUAUUACAAAAUAAACCCCACGACUGUAGAUUAAACACAGAAACGCAAAUUUAUUAAUUGUUGGCAUUUUGCACUAUCUGCAUUACCUAUUUGAAUACUAAUAAAAGAAUUCAAAUAAUCUAAACUAUUUCAUUUCUACAGGUUAUUUAGAUGCAGCCUAUGAGACUCAUUAUUAAUUUAAAAUUUACACAGUACAAGAAAAUAUUAAACAAUAAACAUCGUAUGAACAUUAAUCAGAAACAAUGAUAUCCAUUAUACCCCUUAAAGUGAUAAACUAAAAGGCACCAACAUUCCCAAAGUUAAUUUUCUUAAAUUACAUUUUUAAAGGAACGUCAAUAGGUAGCGUUAAAAGCUAUAAUUCAAGGGUGUUGCCAGUCUGCAAUAUUCACAACUGUACAACUGACUUAGUUGGUUAUCUUCCAUUUUUUGACUUUAAACAUCGCUUUAACUCAAUCUGCAAACAGCAGGAAAGUCUAUUAAAACUAUCGAAAACUACUAACUGCCGAAAAUUUGCGCCUAAAAGUGGAAGUAACCCCAACUUUCAGAAUCGUACAAUCAUAAUUAGUUUUUAUCAAUUAAUAAAUCAGUUUGCCUAGAAAUUAAGUUUCACGUGCAUAUUAAGUGUGUGUAAAAGACGUUUCUUAUGUAUGUUUACACACAUACUAAAAAAUUUGGAAAUUAUAAAAAAGUGCCUUUCCGGCAUUCCGGAAUUUUGUCUUACAUUAUACACUCGAAUCAACUUUCCUCCAAUCCAUUUUACAACUUUUAUUUAAAAGGACGCGAUAAAAGCAGACAGAUACCACAUAUUAAUAUACAAAAAUUACACUCGGUUAAACAUCAUGAACACUAUUUAUCUAUAUCCUAUCCUCCAUUUUUAUAUCUGCAUUUUCUGUACAAUUUAGGAUAUCCAACAAGUCGAGAGCUAAACGAAAAAUUAAUAUUUUUCUUGAAAACUGUUUACAUACAUAUUAUAUAAACAUAGAUAUUUUCAUUAUUUAUUUUGAUAGUAGAAAUUUUAGGAUUUUAUUAAAUUAUAACUUUAUUUAGGAUCACAAACAAAACAUUAAAUAACUUUAGAACAAUAUUUUUGGUAUACAAUUUAAGGUACUUACACAGGAACGGAAAAUCCCUUCAGUUUCCAAGAAAAUUAAGUUGACAAUUUGUAAGACGAAAAACAUAUUCAACAAUCUAAAUGUCACAAAAUAUGUAUGCGACCAUAGACAAUAUUUCAUAUACUAUAUACCCAUAAUAAACUAACCGACAUCUAACAGAUUGUAUAUGGCGUUAGGCGACCGUUUCAAAAAUAUGCGGC